AAAAGAAUUAGCCAAUCAACAGAAAGUAUUGUUGAAAAUAAAGAAAAAAUCGUUCUUUAAGAUUGAAAACGAAUUUUUGUUUAUACUUUAAUCCCAAAUUGCAAAAUCAUGGAGAAUAUAUCACCAGUUAAUAGUUCAGUGCCAGAAAAGUGGGCUAGACUCAUUUCUUGUCUUCCAACAAUGGAAUCAGUUGCUAUCAACAAAGAUGUAUUCAUGAUAGGACGAUCACCAAAAUGUGACAUAGUAAUGACUGAAAGUAAUUUUGGUAGAGACAAUGUUAUUAGUAGUAUAAGUAAAGAACAUUUGAUUAUUUCAAAGAAAGGUACAUUGGCCUAUUUACAAGAUAUAAGUAAAAAUGGUACAUUCAUCAAUGGAAUAAGAAUUGAGAAACGGAAACUUGUAUGUUUAAAAGAUGGAGAUAAAAUUUCUUUGGGCCAAAAACCAACAAAUAUAUAUACUUUCCAAUAUUUAAUAGUAGAAGACCUACCAGAUACAUUAACACCAAUAUCUACAUUAGAAAACACACCAGUGUAUAAUGAAGUCCUACCAGUAUGGGGUCGUCUACUUUCUUGUUUGUUAUAUUUAGGUUCUUAUGAUAUUCAUAAAGACAUAUUUAAAGUUGGUAGAUCUCAACAUUGUGAUGUAUGUAUAAACCAAACGGAUCUGUGUAAACAAUAUAAAGACUUAUUUAGCAAAGAACAUUUUGUCAUUUGUAGAGAUCCAGAUAAUAAAAUUGUUUAUAUAAAAGACAUUAGUAGGAGUGGUACUUAUUUAAAUGGUCGUUUGAUUGGCAAAAACAAAAUGAACAUCUUACAGCAUGACGACAAAAUAUCCGUAGGAGGGAAAUUAGAAAUUUUUAUUUAUAAAUGCAUGUAUGAUCGUGAUACCAACUUUUUACCACCUGAGCUAAAAGAAUUUUAUGAACCCUCAAAUGUAUUGGGAAAAGGUGGAGCUGGAGAAGUAAGAUUGGCUUAUGAAAAAAUUACUUGUAAAAUGGUUGCCAUAAAGAAAAUUACAAAAGCUCGAAGUACUCCGUCACAAAUAUGCCAAUUGAAUCACCCAAGCAAAAUUCGCACUGAAAUCAGUAUUCUUAGAGCAUUGGAUUAUCCUUUUAUCAUUAGUAUGAAAAAUAUUGUGGAGACUCCAGUGGACGUAUUUAUAGUAUUAGAUUAUAUGAAGGGGGGAGAACUGACGAAUAGGAUUUUAUCAAAUACACCCAUGACAGAAUCUAAUAUAAGGUUUCUAUUUUAUCAAAUGGUUUUAGCGGUAGAUUAUCUUCAUGCCAAGGGUAUCACUCAUAGAGAUCUGAAACCAGAAAAUGUGCUACUUUAUUCAGAAGAUGUAGAAACAUUAGUGAAAGUGUCCGAUUUUGGUUUGAGUAAAGUUACUGAUGAUAACACGAUGAUGAGGACAGUAUGUGGAACAUUAAGUUAUAUAGCUCCAGAAAUAUUAGACAGACGUAUACGGCAAUAUAACAGACAAGUUGACAUAUGGAGUUUGGGAGUCAUACUAUUUUAUAUGAUUGGAAAAAGGUUACCGUUUAAAUCACCUGAUCGAUGUUUAAUGGAAAAAUGUAUCAUUACUGGAUCUUACAAGAUGGAAGGUGAUGAUUGGAACCAAAUCGGACCAAGUGCCAAAGACCUUGUUGGGAAAAUGCUUACUGUUAAACCGGAAAAACGAAUCACUGUUAGUGAUAUAUUGAAACAUCCAUGGCUUUCAAAUGAUUUGAAGAUGCAAUUUCGAGUUAAUGAAAUAUACCAACAACAUCUGGAGUCAACUGAAAAAAUCAUUUUAGAAUAUGACUCGGAACCUCAAUUAAAACGAUUCAGAUCUUCGUCUGAUGAAUCAAGUUCUUCCCAGUAAUUAAUAUGUAUUUUUUUAUACAUACAUAUUUGUUUAUAUAUUUUUUAUAAAAUGUGCAUUUUGAAAAUGGAUCAACUUUGUGCCAUUAUUUUUUUGUGAUAUUUAUUUGUUAAUUCAGACAAUUUAAUUCGUUGAAUGAAUCUAAAUUGAGCAACACUGAUUUGAUUUCUUCUUUAUUUACAAGUUGGUCCGGAAUGUAGUUGGGUAGUCCGCGCAUAUGAAGGCACUAUUGGUAUUAACUUUUAUAUUUAUAAUUAUGACGUCAUAGGCGGGUACCGUGCCAGUGACGCAUAUCGUAGGGGUUUACCGCCAGAAUUAUAUAUAUUAAUUUUAAAAAUAACGGUGUAUAUAAGGGAGAUCCAACUCUUUGAAGAGAUGAAUUGAGUAAUUCAUUAUUUCAAAUAUCUAUUUUCCAAGAAUGAGUAGAAAACAUUAGGAUAAUAAAUUUCAUGUCACCAGUAUAGGAUAGUAAUGGUAUUGCAGGAAUAUAACAAUGACAAUAAAAUACAUAUAAGUUGCAUGAAAUUAUUAUAAGUACACAUUUUUCUGUAAAAAGCCUAAGGAUAAUUUUUAAUUUCUUUAACCUUCCGUUAGCCGCGCCGCGCGUCUGAGAGACUAGUAUUUCAUUUUCUCAAAUAAAUAAAGGUCAUUAAAGUUUUGUCUUAAUAAGAAUAGAAAAAAUAUCAAUUUUAAAUAAAUAUAUUUUCCAUGUAAGUCAUAAAAAAUAGUUAUGAAAUUAAAAUAACAAACUGAAAAAACAGCGAAAUCACUAUUUAGCUAAUUAACUAAUUACAUUUAUUUAGCACAAAUGUCGCAAAUUUUGUUUGCUUGUUCCAAAUAAAUAAACUUAUUACACUCUACGCAUUUGUAUCAAGUCAUGCGAUUUUUUUCCUUUCAAAAAUGUAGCAUCGCUUCCUUGAAUUUCCUGAAUUCUCUGGUUUAGGAUUUGUCAUUGUAGCCUUUAAGCCACUUUUACUAGUACCCGCAGUAUUGUAUCUUCUCUAACCAUUUCGAUGGUCCGUUUUAGCAAAUUUUUAGGCCAGUUAUCUCCGAUGCCAUUCCGCCCAGAACCAAAAAUUGGUGCGCACAGUCUUUUCACUGUCGAGCUAGCACUAUUAUCAACUUGGUAAGGGCCUCCCACGUAUAUUUCCAAGUUGUAAGUAUAAUAAGCUCUUGCAUCCACUACAAAUAGAUCUUCAUGCCAUACUUAGACGGAUGGAUGGUAUAUAUUGACGAAAUGGAUAUUUACCUCAGAAUGCCGAUAACUUUUUAUCAAUUGUAAAAUAUUCGCCAACGCAAUAGUUUUUCUGACAAUUUACAAUAAAAAACUCAAAUAUUUCCCUGACUGUUUUUCAAUGACCCUCCUCUCGUUUCUGGUGUCUUUGUCGUCAAAAAGUACACUUUGGAAGAGAAAGUGGAAUCUUUUGCGUGACAUAGUCGUUUGGAAAAGUUCUAUACCAGAAUCGUCAGUGGGCUAAAGAUUUUCAGUAUAAAGUCUGCUAUUUCUAUGAAAUCCCCAUAAAAGCCCUAUAAAAGCUUUCAUUUCCUCCAAAUUUGUAUUUUUGCUAUCUUUUUUCACCUAAAAGAUCCUCUUUUGCUUCAAAUAUACUUAUUAGUGUGUUAGACAAUAAAAUUAGCAUCUCAUCAGUGAAAAACAAACUCUUAACAUGUCAAAGCGGACUGUGGAAGCUGUGCCUUUAACGUCAGGUAAAUGACUAACUGUUAUGUGAACUUGUCCUUACAUUCUGAGCACCUCCAUUUAGUUGUUCCAUCUCUUCUUUUUCAUCGCCACUCGAACCUUCCUGUUCCGUGUCCGUAUUUUCUUGUUGUUCCUAUACAUAGUCUUCUUCGCUUUCACUGCUAUCGUUUGCCUCCGACCAUUCUUGAACAGAUUCCAAUGCAGAAUUUCAGCAUUUUUUUCAUAAAGAGCAUUAUACUUCUUUUUGUCAAUCUGUGAAUAUAAAUAUUAUAUAAAACUCACCUUUGUGCAAACACAAAUUUAAAUCAAUUUACAAUAAAACAAAUAUAAUAAAAAAAUGAACAGUUUUGAAACAGAAGCGCUCACGUGGCCUAUAAAAGGCUCAGUUUUCAAAUUAUAGAUCGUAACUUUUCAACGUGUGUACAUGAACUGUUACCAAUUGUUCUGAUAUUCUUCAGUCUAAAUGUGGAAUGUACAGAGUGGGAGAAGUCGCUGUUGAAUUGUUUUCAACCAGUACCAGAAAAAGAAGGUUCUCUGGCGUCUUGUAGACGCCGGCGAGUAACGGAAGGUUAAGUAACUAACAAUGUUUUACUCUAUAAUCCCACUAUGUAUUCAUAAGGUGUGGGGUGGAUUGUGAAAUUAAUUAUUUCAUUAUAUAAAAAAAAAACGUUUGAUAAAUAUUUAAAAAAAGAAACUUCUCAAUUAACCCGUUCCAAGCGUUGUAUCUCCCUUAUUAGUUGAGUUUUAUAAAAAAAGUGUACAUAAAGUAAGGGAAAGUGGGGAACAGUGAGACCCUUUUUCAACAUAUUGUAAUUUUUCCACAUGUAAACAUACCCACAGUGUUAAGUGAAGUUUCCAUAAUAAACUUAAUUAAAAAAUAUAAAUCUCUGUUAAGUGUCCCGGUGUUACCCAGUACUGAGGUACAUUGGUAGAUGGGUAUCAAUGAGAUUCUGAAAUAAUAUAAUAAACAUUUUCAUCAAAUACUAUUUACAGAUAAAUAAUACGACCACUGUCUUUCAGUUGUACCUAAGACAUUAAAUGAUGGCAACACACUUUAGAUAUUUUUCAAAAAAUCUGAUGCUAAAUCUGGAACAUUUGGCAUAAAAUAAUUGUUUUCAAAUUUUAAACUUUUACUUAGGUAGCUUACUUCUAUAUCAUCAUUGUCCUAUUCAUUUUGAAUUAUCUUUCCUACAUAAUAGACCUUUUGAUUCUUCUUGGUUUCAAACAUUACUAAAAUAUGAUCCUCUUUAGAUUCACUUGAUAAUUCUUCAAGUUCUUAUAACUUAUCCAAUUUUUCUAACUCGUCUGAAGAGUCUACAUAUUGUUGUUCAGCGUCAUCUUCUUCAGUUUGUCAUUUGCAAUAACACUCUUGCCUUUCUUUCCUUUUCUGUUGUCCAUUGUCAGAAGAAGCUUCAGUGAAACCACAUAAAUCCUGUGGAGAUACAUUGUGGGAUCUUCUGUUGAUUGGUUAGUUCUGGAUAAAGAUGCGCAAGGAACAUCUGUUGGGAUAGUUUUGCUUUUCAGGUGUAGGAAGUUACAGAACUAGAUAUGUGAUCAGUUUCAGUAAAAAUCUGGUCAUCAAUAGGAUACAUUCGUUUUUUUACAUGCAGCUGUAAUAUCUUCUAGUGUCAUUGUCUUUGGAUAUGUCUCUCUAAAACACAACAUGCAACCUCAUAUAUUGACAGCACGAGCAUCCAAAAAUACAAAGCAGCAUUGCAAGCUGGUGCGAAGAGACCAAACACACCUACAUCAAGGGGUUGUAGAUUUGCAGCUAAAUAGGGUUGUAUUAUCAAAAUAGUGAAACAGACUGUUGAACUGUGAGAAUGCUUUAUGAAAUGUUUCAUUGCAUCUACAAACAGCUCAUUAGUCAUCCACCCCGACGGGUUUGCUAAAGUCCAAUUACCUACUGGAACUCCUAUUAUCAUGUGUUCCUUGAAGUGAACUCUUGGGUAAUGAAUUUUCAGCAGCAUUAAUGAAGCAUGAGCAUCUUUUUCGCAACUAGUAGCUACAUUAACUUGUAUUCUAUUCUAUUCUAGUACCAUCUGAAAAACAUUCACUGCGCGAGUCUUUGCAAAAAAAUGUAUUUGUAUUAGUUUCAUAGAAAAAAAUGGCACUAGCCAUGCUCCCCCCUUUAGAGUUAUCAAAGAAAUACUGGGAUGCAGGAGUGCAAGUUCAUAUGGUAAUUUGCAACAAUCAAUUAUAGGUAGUCCAUAAAAUAUAUUUGAAAAAUUUAUAAUGUAUGAUGCAAGUUUUGCUUAAUUAUUACUGAAACCUUUAUUGACGAAUUAUUUGGUUUCAUUCUAAUUAUUUCAUUUGAAGCUUUUUCACAUAUCUAGCUAGCUACAUUUCAAAAAAUAUGUACAGCCAAAAAUAACUGAACUACUUCUGUCAUUACCGCCUUAAAAAAUGUACAAAUCCCUCAUAGUUUUUGGUUUUGUAAGUUCAUCUGACUACCACCAAACCUAAAAAGUAAUCUGACCAAUUAACAUUCACAACUCGUGCAUAAAUAGUGUGUUGCAAAUCUGAUACAAUUUGUCAAUCCCUAAUCAGUAAUAAAUAAAAAAAAAUGAAUAAGUAAACAGAAAGUUAACCUCUCUUAAACAGUAUAAAUGAAAAACAAAAACAACUCACCUAUGUAGUAGCUGUAAACACACUGGAGAAGAAGGUUAUAGAACCACAUUCUACCACUAGAUAGCACAACUUCUCAACAAUUCAAAUACAACUUUUAACAGACUUAUCUCACCACUUUCCCUUACCUGUAUUUUCGUACGCUCUACAUAAUUCUGAACCACCUUGUAUAUAUGCAAAGUGCCUUUAAAUUUAACGAAUUAUUUGUAUGACAAAACUGGAAUAUUUUUGUUUAGUUUUUGAUAUUGUUUUGUAACAUGUUUUUUUUUGUAUAGUUAUAAGUACAAACAAUGCUUAUAGUCUAAAUCAGCCAUACCCUAUGGGUUCUAAUUUAAAGUAAUAAUCUUAAUUUUAGAAACUCAUUCAUUGUUACCAAAAUGGUUUGGAAUCAUUUAAUGUUCGUGUAGUUUUGUAUAUGAGUACUUUGACUUUUUACAUACCAAUCAGUCAGUUUUAGUGUAACCUAUAGUGAACAAUCUUGAAUGUAUUUCUUACAAGUUAUGUUGAUUAGUUUUUUAAUGUGAUCAGUCAGUUUUUUUUUCCUACCUACUUGUUUUUAAUAUGAUCACUUUCUAAUAUUUAUUACAUUUUGUUUGUUGUAUGUACAUUGUAUUUUUAUUUAUACAUUUCUUGUUAAACCUCUAUAUACAAUGUAGGAUACAGCUGGUUUUGUAUUUCAGUUUAGUUUCCUUCAUAGUCUUCUAAUUUCUAUAAUCUGUAUAAUUUUUUGUUUAUUUAGUAUAAAGAAUUUGGAUCUACAUUUUAAUAUUAGUGUAAAAAGUGAUUUAAACAUUUUUUGUCAGUUUCUGUAUCUCCCGUUUCACUUGUUUCCAGUGGAACACACUCCCUAGCAAAAUUAGCGCAUAAUUGAGAUUUUUUAAUCUUAAAUAAUGAGUGAAAAUCAAAUCUAUAACUAUCGAAGUCAAUUAUAAUGGCACUCAUUUCAUCUUAUGCUAUAUCAAUUACAUAUGAAAUUGGCUAGGCAUAAAUCAAAUCUCAUUUCGGAUUUGAGUUGAAUUUAAUUGCAUCCCAAAGAGUAAGUUCAUGCCUAUUAACUCUCCAUGUUAUAGCUUGAAUUUAGAUCUCACAAGGUUGUUUUGCAACAUUCAUGCAAUAUCCAAUCUAUCACUGUUGAGCAUGAAGAGAAAAUUUUCUUUUACAAUGUACCCAUGAGCAUUAAGAUGAUAUCGUUCACCAAGUUGAUAUAGUUCUCCAGACACUUACCUUGAUUCAAUCAAUAUUCUGUCAUCGAUCAAAGCCAAAUAAGAAAAAUCUGGAUUCAUUUGCGAACAUUACCAUCGACCACUAGUGGUCUUUCCAGUCCAAAUAAUCGGUAACAAACUCUAAAUGUGCUAAAGUUUAUAGGAGUCCAGUAGCAAGCACCUUGGAUCUCAAAUUGAACUACUUAUUGUGGCGAUAACAUAAAAUCUUGUCAAAGGGAAGUAGACAUAACAAACUUUAUUAUUUGCACUUCAAAUUGCAAAAAUUGGUACUUAUUUGCAACAGCUACACGCCCACAUCCCUGGAAAGAUUUUGUCUGGUCCCUUGAAACUUUCUCAAUUCUCUACAAAUCGUUUAUUAUGCUACAUGGAAUACUGAACACAUUGUUUACACUAUCACUGCGCUAACACUAAUGUAGUAACUGCAGCUCACUAUUCGGCAAUAAGAUUAUCUUUGACAAACAUUAGAGUUCUCUUUGAAGAUUUAAUUGAGUUACAGAGCGAAGGACAAAAUAAUAAACAAUUUUACCAUAAAUACAUAUUUGGAACAACAGCAAAAAGUAUUCAUGAGAUGUUAUUCAUUCUAUAAAAAAUUCCUUUAUUUUUUGUAGAAAUAUUGGGCGGCAACAAAAUUAAAUCAAUAAAAAAACCUAUUUUUCUGUUAUAAAAGUUUUAGUCAAAUAAUAUAUUAUGCGUUAAUUUUGAUGGGACUGUAUUUUUGGUUGAAUAUUUCUUGAUUCCUUUAGUUUUAUUUGAAAUGAAUCUCAAGAAACGGGUAAAAAAUCGACGAUUAUAUAUUUUUUGCUAAUUAGAACGGUUGUUAUUAUAAAUGACCAUCCAUAUGAUAUGACCGAUUUUCACUAUACGUUUUUGAAAAUCGUUGAUGUUUAGUGAAUGAUAGUAUUCGAAUGAAAUACCAAAAUGUAUUUAUAUGUUUUUUACUUUUAUAUUUGUUUUGUUUAAGUAUACUACAUUUCUGAAAAUUAUGGUGUUACCUUUUUUACAUUGUGUGUACAUAUAUGACAGAAUCUGUAAUGACAGGAAUGCUCAAACUGGGCUUUGUGCAACACUGUUAACUUGUUUAUUCAAACUCAACCACGAAUUAUUAGUAUUUAAUAAUGCGACGAUACACUAAAAUUAGCUGGACACUGUCAGAACGACUUGGGCGGGCCUUAUUGUGCCCAAAGUUCUAGUUAACAAAUUCAAAUCCAUUUUUGUGUUUACUUACCAUAUAACUGUAAAGUAACUUUUUGCGUAUUAUUAAAUUGCAAAACUACUUAACCAAUUUAUAGUAAAGUAGAAUAUUUUUUUGCAUUUUAAUAAUACCAAAAAGUAAGUAAUCAUUAUCAUAUUCUAAUACAAAAAUUUGGUUUGAGUUUGGUAUGGCACAAUUGAAAAUGUCGCCAAUUAGCCCAUGUCCAACUUGCUUACAAUGACCAUGCUCCAGCUAUUUUUAAAGUAUCUCAAAAAUGUGUUACCAUGGUAUAAAACUAUCUAUUUCUGGGGAAAUAUUUGUUUCUAUAGUUACUCAGAUUAUAACUUUAAAUUCCCUGACAGGAGGCUCUUCCUCAGUAAGUAGUAUUCGGCCUCUGUUAAGUAUAUAAAUAACUAGUACAAUUAAUAUUAAAUUGGACGCCACCAGCUUUUUAACGAACGCAGUUCAAAACUAAUAAAAAUGGCGGAAAUGCUGGAAACACCUUAUUAAUGAAAUUUAAAAUAAUCAAACAAACCAAAACUAUGUCCGGACACAAUUAAAUCCAAAUUAAUAUUUAUUUCUAAGAACAAUAAAAAAAGUUUCAGCAACAAAUAAAUUUAUUUAAAAAAUAAUAAGUUCGCAUUAACUGCGUAUCCAAAAGAGCACAACGAACAAAAGCAGUUAUGAAUAAAAAACAAACUCAAAUUUCUAUAUAUUAAAGAUAAGGAUAGGACUUAUCUAUGGAAAGCCGGAAUGGUUGCAGCCCUAAACUGGAUUCCCAGCUGUUGAAGUGAGUUGAAUUUCUAGUUUGGUGGUUCGAUCCUUUGUGGUUGAAACUCCCAACCUGGAAGCCGUAGAACAGCGAAUAUAGAGAAUAAAAUCACCAUAAAUUUACUUUGAUUUAAAGUUUAUAUAGACAGAGGAAGAAUUCAAAUACAUUCCGAGGUUUUAUUGAAUUUUUCGAAUGAAAUGAGAGGUCAAUAACAAAUUAAUUUCUUCAAAAACUCGAAAAAAUAAAUCAGAAGUGCCACAAUACGUGAACAAAGGAAUAUUCAAAAUGUUUGAAAAAAAAAAACUAAUAUGCCGAAUGGCAUGUUUACAAGAUGGAGAGAUACACUCAAUUAAUGUGUCAAAAUUCUAGUCUUGCAACUUAUUCAAAAUCAAAAGUAUAUAGGCACACUAUUUUUUUGCUCUGUACAGAUGAGAUACCAAAAACAAAUGAGGAUUUUAUUAAAUAUGAGGAAUUUAUUCAAAUUCGAAAGAAAGAAAUUUAUCAAUGUGAGGUAGUUAGCAAACAUACUAUGGUACACAUUAUAUAAGAAGACAAUAAUUUAGAACAUUGAAAAAAAUAUUUUUAUUUGUUCUUAAAAUAUAUUGGAAUCUUAGCUUUGACUUUUUUAUAUACAUUUGUUGAAUAUUUAAUAAACAAUUAAAGUUUA